CGUUAGAAGCUGCGAACUUAAAAAAACACACACAGCAGCUUUGCUAAAGACUCCGCGCUUUACUGCUUCGCACCGACAGGGCAGAACGGAGCAGCAUGUGGAAUCUCGGGGUUAAUAGCGCGUUAGCCGUUUAUAUUGUCCUCUGCAAUGCAUGCAAGGUUGGUGCCCAGCCUUGCCUCUACCCCUGCCGCUGUCCCCGGAUCCCACCCCGCUGCCCUCCGGGAUCUUCACUGGUUGCCGAUCCCUGCGGUUGCUGCCGGGUUUGUGCGAGACAAUUAGGAGAAUACUGCACCAGAUCGGACGUGUGCGACCCUGAACGGGAGCUCUACUGCGACUACAGCAACAGCUACGCUGGCAACACAGGGAUCUGUACCUCGCUUGAAGCUGAAACUUGUGAAUUCAAUGGGGUGCUCUAUAAGGAUGGUGAUGUAUUCCAGCCCAGCUGUAAACAUCACUGUUGGUGUUCAGACGGAGGAAUUGGUUGCAUUCCACGCUGCAGUGAAGACAUCCGCCUACCCGGACCGGAUUGUCCUCAUCCAAAACGUGUGGAGAUCCCUGGAGAAUGCUGUCCUCAAUGGAUAUGUGAGAAGCAAGACAAUGGUAUCUUUGGCAAUGCCUUGGCAGCGUUCAGAUCGGAGGUAUUCAACGGACGAUAUCCCUCCAGUGUGCUUUACAAUUGCCUGGAACAGAGCAGUGGGUGGUCUGCCUGCUCCCGGAGCUGUGGCAUGGGGAUCUCCACACGGGUUUCCAAUAAGAAUCACCGCUGCGUUCUGGAGACACAAAGCCAACUUUGUCUAGUGAAGCCAUGCCAACAGGAUCAUGCAAGGCCAGCCUACACGGCGAGGAGGUUUUGCAAGCCGACUACAAGAGCACUUCAACCAACUCACUUUGAAUACAACAACUGCGUCAGUUUGAAGAGUUACCGGCCCACCUACUGUGGGUCUUGCUCUGACAAUCGCUGCUGUACUCCAUACAAAACCGGAACACAGAGCAUCGAGUUCGUAUGCAAGCACGGCAGGGUUGUCCACCAGCCAAUGAUGUUCAUCAUCACCUGUGCCUGCCAUUAUAACUGCUCACACGCUUACAAAUAAUGGGAUCCGUUCAACAUACGGCAGCAACAGGAGCUGUUUAUUCCCAUGCAAGACUUUUCAUGUAAAAAACAAAGUUGGUUUAUUGAGCGUUUAAAUAUGACCCAUUUCCAAACAAUUCAAAUAGAAUAUUUUUUGUCAAGAGUUAAGUCAAGUCGAGAGUGUUUUAUUGUCAUAUUUCCCAGAUAGAACAAUGACAUUCUUACUUGCAGCAACUUACUUUGAACAACUUCUGGGUUUAAUGCACGAUUCAGCCAUUUUUAAUGUGCAGGAAGGAAAUGUAGAUGCCGGUUUAUCCCGAAGAUACACACCAACAGCUGGAGUAACUCAGCGGGUCAGGCAGCAGUAUUGGAGAAAAGGAAUA